AUGACUGAGUUUGAGAAUCCUGUUAUCUACUGUGUUGCUUUCUACAGGUAUAACUUGGACCUGAACUGUAGUGAGGCACCAUCUCAUGGUACUUCCUUGGACCAUGUGUUUUACUGGCUGAAAGAGAGAGAGAGAAGGCUGUUUAUCCAUUCAGUGGGUGUGGGUACAAUAAAUGUCUUUUUGGAUGACCUGUUUGAGGAGAAUGUGAUUAGUCAGGAAGACAUGAACAAAGUGAGAGAUGAAAGUACUACAGUCGUGGAUAAGCCUCGAGUCUUGAUUGACUUUGUCAUUGGAAAAGGAGUAGAAGUUUGUUGCAAAUCUACCCAUUAUCUCCAUAGUGAAGACCAUGAACUUGCAUGGAAGUUGGUUGGGCUAAGAAGAAAGAACUCUGGUGCACCACCGAUACUCUUCAGAGCUGCUUUAGAGGAAGAAGAUGUUCUUUAA